AAUUAGUAGUAUUGAUCAUAGGUUAAUGAAGUAUUUUUCUGAAUACUUUCUCACUAGAGCUUGUAGCAGCAGUAUUGGGUUUUAUGAAGAGGGCUAUAUCUGAUGCUGAGUUUCUAGGUAAUCAUUAAAGUCUGUGAUUCUGGACAGACUGGCUGUUCUACAGGAAGAUAUAUCAUUCAUGACAACAUUGUACAAGGAUUUAUUUUAUGGAUGAUUAUUGCGCAUGUUUGUGACUGUGUAUUGCAGCAUCAUCGAGGGGUUCAACAAGUGUGGAUUUAUCUAUACAUCCAAUAGAUAUACCCAUAAACAGACAGCAUUUCAGAAAUCAUCUUGAUAGUUUUGUAUCAUGUAAAUAAAAAGGAGUAAUAAUGGAAUACCCGAAGGGAUUUUAGAGUUUAUAUCUAUAUAAAUUAGGAGAUACUAUUUGGAUUUUAAUGUGGCGUGUACACUACGCAACAAUGUCGGUACAUAGAACAAUUGUUAUUGCCAUAGACGACAGUUUCCAUUCGGAAUUUGCUUUCGAUUUUUAUGUGGAAAAUGUACAUAAAAAUGGGGACCGGCUAAUUCUUGUUCAUGUACCUGAGUAUAGCAACGUAUUAUCAACAUCGUCGCUGUUGACUGAUCCGAAUAUAGUGUCUGAACUUUUAAAGGAUAACGAGGAAAGGGUUCGUGACCUUGUUGAGAAAUAUUCUAUGAAAAUGAAGGAAUGUCACUUAAGUGGUCAUGUAAAGCAACAGUGUGGUAAACCGGGGGAAGCGAUUGUAGAGGCGACAAAAGAAGAGGGUGCAUCAAUGUUGAUAUUAGGAACAAGGGGAAUGGGUUUAAUCAGAAGAACAUUUACCGGAAGUGUAAGCGAUUAUUGCUUACAUCACGCAGACGUCCCUGUUUUAGUGUGCAGACAUAAACCUCAUAUUAAACAUACGAGUGAUCAUUACUCUUAAAAGUGCUCAUUUUAUAUAACCAUAUAAUAAACUUAUACUUUACUUACACGUUUUGGCACGUGAUCAAAUACGACUUGUUUUUAAAGGGGACAUAAGUCAAUUGUCGCAGAGAAACUAUCGAGCAUGUUGAAUUCAACAAUUCAACAAAGAUUCAUUUAGUCAUCUGUGUUCUUAGAAUUCAUGUUUAUUUCUAAAUCAUGAUUUGAUACGAAUACGUGUUGAAAUUGAAUAAUGAAGAUUGAUUGAAUACUGUUAAUUUUAAAAUGACAAAAUGGAUUGAUAACGUCAUAUAAUGAUGUAAGUGCAACACAUAUGUUCGUAAAGAAAGAAAAACAUGCUCUAUUUACUGUCACUCGUGAAAAGACUCAAUUCAUAUGUUUAUUUAUUUUAAUUUUCAUAAUUUAACAUUAUCAUCUUGUAAUCAUAGCUUUCAGUGGAUGUAGCAUUUUCAGAUUGUGUGUUAUUAUAUUAAAAUGAAUUUCAUAAAUGUUGAGGUUGAUUAGAAGCCGAUUUCAAUAAAAACUGAAUC